AUACCUUCCUCUUCGCCAACUCCAUAUCCUGUUCCUUUCUUGCUUGACUCAGCCAUUACUUAGACCCUUUCAACUCUCUCUUUCUCUAAACCACUUCAAACCAAACCAGACCAAACCCACUUUCUCUCUCUAAAACCUCUGUUUUUAUGCUGUUUUCUUUCAGUUUAUCGUACAUGCCAAUUCCUCACCAACAAUGUCCUCCUUCGUCGUCUUCUUCAUUCUCUCUCUAUUCUCUCUCUUCCCUCUCUCUCUCUCCCAACCCAAAGGGAUUUUGAUCGACUGUGGCGCGACCACGGACACGGUAAUCGAGGGCCGCCGAUGGCGCUCCGACGCGAAUUUCGUCUCCGGCGGGACCCCCAAGGCCCUCGAGGUUACCGUCCUCGACCCCACCCUCUCGACCGUCCGAUCGUUCCCGAACGAUCUCAACCGCAAGUUCUGCUACACCGUGCGGGUGUACCGCGGGGCCAGGUACAUGGUCCGGACGACGUACUUCUACGGCGGGAUCAACGGCCGCGAUUCGCCGCCGGUGUUCGAUCAGAUGGUCGACGGGACGCUCUGGAGCGUGGUCAAUACGACGUCGGAUUACGCCAACGGGAUGUCGUCGUAUUACGAAGGGGUUUUUCUUGCGCAAGGGAGCACCAUGAGCGUCUGUAUUGGGGCUAGUUCUUACACAGAUUCUGACCCUUUUAUAUCGGCUCUGGAGUUUGUGAUUUUCGAUGAUUCUUUGUAUAAUUCUACGGAUUUCAAGAAUUUUGGUCUUCACUUGGUUGAAAGGACAAGUUUUGGGUAUGCUGGUUCUGUGAUCAGAUAUCCUGAUGACAAAUUCGACCGGUUUUGGGAGCCACUCGGAAAAGAGAAUCACACCUUGGCAACUAGCAGAAACAUAUCUGUUUCUGGAUUUUGGAACGUCCCACCUUUGAAAAUCUUCGAAACCGGGCUGACAACUGGCCAAACAGAACCCUUGGAGUUGAACUGGCCACUAGUUUCCCUUCCGGAUGCUAAGUACUACAUUGCUUUGUACUUUGCUGAUACCAUUAACUCAUCAUCAGCCAACUCAAGGGUGUUCAACAUAAGCAUCAACGGCGUCACAUAUUACCGCGAUUUAAAUGUGACUCCAGCAGGCGUUGUUGUCUUUGCAACUCAGUGGCCUCUCUCUGGUUUCACAAGGAUCACCUUGACCCCUUCUCAUAACUCAAAUUCUGGUCCUUUGAUUAACGGAGGGGAGAUAUUCGAAGUUCUCCCUCUCGGAGGAAGAACUCUUACCCGAGAUGUAAUUGCUCUGGUACAAUUCAAAGAUAGUCUUGAAAACCCUCCACUUGAUUGGAAUGGCGAUCCGUGCUUGCCUCGUCAGUAUUCAUGGACCGGCAUUACUUGCUCUGAAGGCCCUCGGAUUCGUGUGCUUACUCUAAACUUGACAGGCAUGAGCCUUUCUGGAACAUUAUCACCUGGUAUUGCCAAUAUGACUGCACUGAAUUCCAUCUUGCUUGGGAAUAACAGAUUAUCAGGAACUAUUCCUGAUCUCAGUUCUUUAAAGAGGCUAGAGAGACUGCAUUUGGAAGAUAAUCAGUUUAGUGGAGAAAUUCCCUCAUCGCUCGGGGACAUCGCUAGUUUGCGAGAGCUAUUCUUACAAAACAAUAAUCUGACUGGGGAUAUUCCUAGUAGCCUCAAAGGAAAAACCGGAUUGGAUCUAAGGGUCUCUGGAAACUCACUCUCGUCACCUCCACCUUCUUGAUAAGUCUGUGUAUUCGAAGGUAAAGAGACCAUGGCCUCUCAUCGAACCCGACAUUUUGAUCGCAGUCCAUAGUUUUCAUAGUGAGCUUCAAAUAUUUCUCUGGAAAGUUCUCAUGCUCAUCCAGCAUUCUUUGGUUUUGACUGGAUUCAAGAUCCUCCAUGAAAUUUCAUUAAUUGUCCGUUUGUUUGUGGGAAUUGGGGUUCAUAGUUUCUAUUGUUAGUUGACUGUCUGUCAGUCUUAUUCUUUAUUUUCUUGGUUCAUUCUUCCCAAUUGUAUCUCUAUAAUUGUUCAUAUACACAGCUACUCAUUUUUUAGAAAAAAGAAUAGAAUUAAAAAAUAGUGAUUUUCUUCACUUGUGUGAUA